AUGAUAGAUGUGGAGGCAGUGGCAGGUGGAACUGCUCAGUUACCGUGCGAAGUGGAACCGCCAGUCCCUGGGGACAAGCUACAUCUAGUUAUUUGGUACAAGGAGGAGGCGGACGCACCGAUAUAUAGUUUCGACACGAGGGGACAAAAUAACCUGGAACAAGGAAAACACUGGCAGAAUAUCAGCCUCGACAAACGUGCCUUCUUCAAAUACUCCGAGCAUCCCGCGAAACUCGUCCUCCAGAACGUCAGCGAGACCGACGCCGCCGUUUACAGAUGCAGGGUCGAUUUCAAGCAGUCGCCGACCAAGAACAGCAAAGUCAAUCUCACAGUGAUCAUACCCCCGGAGCAACUCAGCAUAUUGGACGAAAGCGGAAGGUCUCAUAUUCCGUUUUACGUGCUGGGCCCGUACAGAGAGGGUGCGUCUUUCAAUAUUACCUGCGUCGCUGCUGGUGGACGACCGCAACCGCGGGUGACGUGGUGGCAGGAAAACGCUCUCCUGGACGACGUCUACGAGACCAUCGGCACCAAGAGGGUCCGUAACGUGCUGCGAUUGGAAAAGCUGACCCGCGAACAUCUGCACGCGGUAUUGACCUGUCAGGCAUCGAACAACAAUAUGGUCACGCCCAUAUCGAGCUCUGUCACCUUGAACAUGACCCUGAAACCAUUGUGGGUCCGCCUGCAAGGAACGAACCGUCCACUCAGCGCCGGCAAAAAGUACGAAAUCAGUUGCGAAGUCGUCGGAGCCAGGCCAGAGCCAAAGAUCGUCUGGUCGAAGGGGAGCACCACGCUGACGAAUGCGUGGGAGACGACGAGCCCCGACAACAACGUCACCACGAGCACUCUCACCUUCGUGCCAAGCAUCGAGGACGCUGGCAAGUUCCUCUCCUGCCGCGGUAGCGUGCCGGAUAUCCCGGAUUCCGAGAUGCAGGACGAAUGGAAGCUCGUCAUACUCUACAAGCCAGUGGUUACGCUCGAGCUUGGGAGCAAUUUGAACUUGAGCGCAAUCCGCGAGGGCACCGACGUCUACUUCGAGUGCAACAUCAAGUCCAAUCCCUGGGUGUACAAGGUCUCCUGGCAGCAUAACGGCAAUUCGUUGUUUCAUAAUGCAGCGACCGGUACGAUAAUCAGUAGCCAAAGCCUGGUGCUGCAAAGCGUGACCCGCAGCAGAGCCGGGAUCUACACUUGCAUCGGUAACAACGAGGAAGGCGAAGGGGAGAGCAACCCCCUAAAUCUAGACAUCAAAUUCACCCCUGUCUGUCACCAAGGCCAGAUGAAGGCAUUCGGGGUGGCGAAGCAGGAAACCGCGAGGAUACCCUGCGAGGUCGAAGCGAAUCCACCGGACGUAACGUUCACUUGGAAGUUCAAUAAUACGAUGGAGGCUAUCGACAUACCACAGGCACACAUCACCAACGAGCGAACGAGCUCGACGGUCUCUUACAAACCAAUGACGGAGAUGGACUACGGCACGCUUUUGUGUUGGGGCACCAACGAACAGGGCACGCAGCUCGAACCCUGCGUUUACCACAUCGUGCCAGCUGGUCACCCGGACACGCCUCACAAUUGCUCCCUUCUGAACCAAACGACGGACUCUCUGCACGUGGAGUGCACGGAGGGUUUCGACGGCGGUCUGCCGCAGCAAUUCACGAUAGAGGUGUACAGGGAGCCGGGGACCAGCAGCACAUCCUCGAAACCUAGCUUGACAGUGUACAACCAGACGAGCAAAGUUCCGUCGUUCUCGGUGAACAGGCUCGAGCCUGGCACCACGUACGACGUCUACAUAUUCGCGAGGAACAGCAAAGGGCGCAGCGAGAAGGUCCACUUCCGUGCCACCACCUUGAAUCUGCGCGAAAAACAAACAGGUGAAGAGCGCCUGGAGCAUCCUCUGCCACCGGAGAAUUGUACGAUCAGGGAAGAGAGUCGGACAACGGUGAGGGUGAGCUGCGCGGAGAGCAAGUCCGUCAACCAGCCCAUGGCCACCUAUGUGCUGCAAGUCUUCGACGCGGAGUCCAGGCGUCUUCUAGGGUCGACGAUUAGCAUGACGCCUAGCAUGCUCGAGAUCACGAAUCUGCCCGCGGAGAGGAGUUACUCCGGGCUGCUGCUCUCCCUCAGGAUCAUAACGGAGCACGCGACGAGCGACGCCAUCGAACUUCACAGCCCGCACUUUGUUCAGGAGGGUAAGACACAGGAGCAUCAACGAUACCCAGCUCUGACGCCGGUGAUGCUGUCGUUGUCCGGGCCACUGCUCGGCGCAGUGGUCGGCGCAACAGCGGGUCUUCUACUGGUGAUCUUCGUGAUAGUCCUCGCGGUGAGAUUACGCUAUCGACCAAGGCCCCAGGAGGACAAGGACUCUCACGACGACGGCGGCAUGGCGAACCUGGCUGCGUCCGGAACCGGCAGUUCCUCUCCACGUGAUAAAUCGUCGACCUUGCCUCUCAACUCCGACAGCAUCGAGAGCUUCGAGAAGGACCCCGAUAUAAUUCCUCACGCUAAUGAAAAUUCUUACGCGGAACUGUGCAAGGGUACUUCACCGCGCUACGUUUUACACCAGCCACGAACGGACGCAAGUACUUUUACCAAUGUCAAUAACGGAUCUGAGCUAACGUACGCCGAGCUGACACUCCGAAGCAACCGACGAAUACCGCCUAAUUGUUAUCAGCCGGUACAGGUACCCAAUAUUCAACGUCCUCAACUGCUACCCAUGUCGACUCUGACACGCAGGCAGCCAAUCCAGGAACCGACGAUUUACGCGCAAGUCGCCAGUCAUUCCAAGCCGAUUUAUGUGCCACCACCGCAUCCGUACAUGAGUCGUACCAGCGACGAAACCACGGCAGAAACUCCAUUAAUCGGACACGACAAUAAGAUCACCACGAUCAGCCACUCGGGCAGCUCACUGUGGCGCACCGACACGCCACCAACCUCGAACGCACCAACGACAUGAUUCUAAGAACGCUCGAUCUAGAUCGACGCAACAUUUCGCUCUUAAACGUUUCUCGACG